AUGAAGUGCAUCUUUCUUUUGAUCGCCUUCGCUGUUUUCAUGCAAUGCGAAUCGAAGACGCUAAGCAGAUGCGAGCUAGUCCACCAGCUCCGGAGCCACGGGUUUCCCGAGGACAAAAUGAGGGAUUGGGUGUGUCUGGUGGAAAACGAGAGCUCCCGCCGCACCCACCUCAUCGGGAAGGUGAACAAGAACGGAUCCCGGGACUACGGUCUAUUUCAGAUCAACGACAAGUACUGGUGUAGCAACACCAGCACGGCUGGCAAGGAUUGCAACGUCACAUGUAACGAUUUGCUGACCGAUGAUAUCACGAAAGCUGCGAAGUGCGCCAAGAAGGUGUUCAAACGUCACGGAUUCAACGCCUGGUACGGAUGGAAGAACAAGUGUCAAGGUGCGCUCCCCGACAUCAGUUCCUGC